AAUUGUUGUUCAUUAUGCAUUUUAUGGUCUUCGAUCAGAUAUCAACAGUUAUUUAGUAGAUUAAUAUAAAAAUAGGAUUGACAUUUGCAUAGGUUUCAGCCACCAUUUAUGGAUUUUUAGGUGUGGCAUCAGUGGUUAGGUUUUGUUAUAGGUAACUUCUUGGAAAGGCCCUUACGUCAUUACACAUUAAUCAAUCCUGUUCUUAUUAUAAUCAAAAUGUAUUAAAAGUGCAUUUAUUGGCAUUAUCUUCUAGGUUUAAUAAUCUAUACUAUUGGUUCUUCAACACUGAAUAGUUAAAGAACAUGCACUGAAAUGUGUGUCUGAAUAAAGUAAAAAUGGAAUAAAUCAUGAUUGAUAUAUUUGACUUUUGUGAUAUGCUGAAAGAGUUUCAGAACAAAGUUUUAUGAUCUUUUUAAUUCUAAAUGAGGCAAUUAUGUUCUGGCCUCUCUCCAUUUCGUUUUUCAACUUUUUUAUUGAUAUACCUAUGAUUUUAGUUUAUUAACUAAAUUACCAAAACAUAAUAAAUAUAUAGUAUAUAUAUAUGUAUUUAAUGUAAUGUGGUAUAUAUGUAUGUUCUGAAGUGUUAAUUAUGGAAUAAAGCUUAUAUUAAUAUAUACAGCUUCUUUGUAAUUAAUUAAUUAUUGCUGUUCCUCUUGAAUCUUCCAUGUUAAACUCAAGCCCAAGAAAAAUUGCAAUGAACUGGAUUUGAAAAAAGGGUUGUGUAUGAAAUUAAAACUCAUAUUCAAAGAAAUUUAUAUUUUACCAUUAUUUUACAUCUGUAGAAAGUGUAUUAUCUAUAAGAGACAAAUUUAUGCAUACUUAAUACAAUUUAAUAUAUGACAUUUCAUUGCAGUUAACAUUAAAAAAAUGGUACUAAGCCAAAAAGCGCAAUGCAUCAAUGUUUGUAAUUUUUAGGUUUCCAGAGAAAGGAAACUUACUUUCAGUGAAAGCCUCUUAAAAUUAACUGAGUUUACAAAAAGUAAUCAGGAGAGGAGCAGAGGUGUACAUUUAACUUUGACAAUUUUGCACAUUACAAACAUUUGAAGUAAACAGAAAUAUAUGCCAAAUAUUUAAAUUUCUUUUGAAUUUAUAAGAUACUUUUGAAAGGCUAGCGUUCAUCACCAAAAAUUGAUCCAAAAACCACCUUUCAAAGCUGAAACAAACUAUCGAGGGCACAUAGCAUGUCUGCCACCGUCAACUGGAAGGUUUGCUCCAGUGAUAAAACUAGCAUCAUCGCUAGCAAGAAAUGCAAUUGCUCGAGCAACUUCCUCUGUGUUCCCUGGUCUUCCAAGGGCAUGUGUUUCUUUGCUUCGUUCCAAAAACAUAUUAUAAGAUUCAUCAUUCAGACCACCUCUUUUCUGGAGUUCUGUAAUUAUAACUCCUGGAUUUACACUGUUUACUCUAACUUUCUUUGAAGCUAAUUCUAGUGCUACACAGCGUGUGAGCUGAUCCACUGCUGACUUGGACAUAUUGUAAGCCAGCACACCAGGAAAAGAUCGCAAACCAUUUACACUUGAUACGUUCACAAUAUUUCCCUUGGUUGUAAUGAGGUGUGGAACCGCUAACAUUGUUAAAUGGUAAAGUGAACGCACGUUUACAUUGAAAACCGUGUCAAACUGCUCUAAAGACGUUUGCUCAAUACUUCCCAUUGCAAGAAUACCUGCAUUGUUAACGAGAACAUCAAGCUUUCCAAAAUGUUUGAUAGUAUUUUCAAUAACAAUUUGUGUGUCAUUUUCAGAAGAAAGGUCAGCUGGUAUUACUAAAGGUUUCGGGAUGUUUGGUCCGCAGCAUUCUCCUGCUGUUUUAUUAAGAUUUUCGAUAUUCCUGCCAGUCAAAGCUAGACUAGCUCCAAGUCUAGAAAAAUGAAUAGCAGUUGCAGCACCGAUACCUGAGCUGGCGCCCGUGAUAAGCACGACCUUGCCACAAAAUUUAAUACCUUUUUCGCAAUGUUCCAUAAAUGUAAAAUCACAGCACGUAGCUCAUCGGUACGAUGCUCUUUCGUAAUCAAUCUGCGUUAUCAGAAACAAAUUGUAUUUUUCUUGAGGUUAGGAUGCGUCACAUGUUGUUUGUUGACGUCUGCGGUAGUUUCCUCCCCCUGCAUGUCCCUGACCAUCAUCACGCGACCGAAGAGAGGGCACACGAUUGCUGUCAUGUGCUCGGGAUACGUCAUCGAAACGUCAUUCAAGUUUAUGUGAUAUAUAGCUUUUACCAAAGAGUGUCACUAACCAUAAACAAAAUUGUAGUUGGAAUAAGACCUUUUGGAUGCAGAAAUGCGUUACUUCGUCAGCCAAUUUUAGAUUUUCUCUAUAGUUCGAUGGGAAGCAGUUAAACAUAACUUGUUCGAAAUUGGAGCAGUGACUGUCAUACUAGGUGUAUUUUUAUGACAAUUUGGAGACUAAAGAACAAUCAUGCUUCUAAUAUCAAAAUUCGUAGUUGGAAUGCUCAUUGCGCUAGCGGCUCAAUGUCUUUGUUAUUCAGUUAAUCGUGUUGAAAAUGCACUACCAGGCCCACCUGUUAUUUUAGUUCCGGGAGAUGGAGGUAGUCAAGUUGAAGCAAAAUUGCAUAAGAAGGAUACUGUUCAUUAUUUAUGCCAGAAAAAUACUCAGGAUUAUUUCAAUAUAUGGCUCAACAUGGAAUUACUAGUUCCAAUUGUGAUAGAUUGUUGGAUUGACAACAUAAAAUUGGUGUAUGAUAACAAGACUAGGAAAACUUACAAUUCUGAUGGAGUUGAUAUAAGGAUACCUGGAUUUGGUAAUACUUCUACUGUGGAAUGGUUGGAUCCUAGUCAGGCCAUAACUGGCGCAUAUUUUAAAGAUGUUGGAAAUGCUUUGGUAGCCAUGGGAUAUGAGAGGAAUGUGUCCAUUAGGGGUGCUCCUUAUGAUUUUCGAAAGGCUCCAAAUGAAAAUCAACAAUAUUUCGUUGAUCUGAAGGCUUUAAUAGAAGAAACUUACACUAUAAAUGGCAACAAGCCUGUUGUCAUCAUUGCACAUAGUAUGGGAGCACCAAUGACUAUGCAUUUUCUUGGUGGUUUGAAGCAGCGGUGGAAGAACAAGUACAUUCGGGCAUUAGUUACAUUGUCUGGAGCUUGGGCAGGAUCUGUCAAAGCUCUAAAGGUUUACCUUGUUGGGGAUGAUUUAGGAUCAUAUGUGUUGCGUGAAAGUGUGAUGAAGGAUGAACAAAUAACAUCACCGAGUUUGGCUUGGCUGAUGCCUUCCAGCGUUUUUUGGAAGCCCAGUGAAGUAUUGGUGCAAACUCCUGAUAAAAAUUAUACUGUUAAUGAUUUUGAAGAAUUCUUCAGAGAUAUUUAUUAUGAAGUGGGAUGGGAAAUGAGAAAAGACGUGCAAAAAUUGGAUUCAAAAUUCUCUGCCCCUGGUGUAGAAAUUCAUUGCCUUCAUGGAUUUGGUGUAAACACAAUAGAAAGACUUGUGUAUAAACCUGGGAAGUUUCCUGAUGGUUAUCCAAAUUUCAUUUUUGGAGACGGAGAUGGAACAGUGAAUAAACGCAGUUUGGAAGCAUGCAUGCAUUGGGAAAGCCAACAGAAGCAACGCAUAUAUCACCAGACCUUUCCAAAUGUAGACCACAUGGAAAUACUGCGAAAUGAGAAUGUCUUGGAGUACAUAACUACACUUAUGAAGAAAUUGACAGAUGGUUAAUGAUUGAAACAUAAAAUUUUGUGAAGGUGAGAGGGUAUUGUGUGAAAGUGGCAGCCAAAUACCUCCCUGUGUUGAUUAUGCAACGUUUUUAAAGAUGACCUCUAGUUAAUUAGGAAUGACUGCAGCUGAAUUAAGAGUUGUUAUGGAGAUGUUACUGCAUUUUAAGAAAUUAUCCAAAGCUAAAUGAUAACCUAGAUUUUAACUUCAAGGUAUAUAUUAAUAUUUCAUCCUGUGUAAAUCUUCCUAAAUAAGAGUCAAUUGAUGUAGAAUGGCGGCAACGUAGGCAAAUCAUUCUUGGAAUGAUAUUAGAUUGUUUUAUAUCUCUAUAUUUUGAAUGAAAAUAUUUAAUUUCACAGAAAACAAUAGGGUUGUAGUCAUCCAGCAAUUUUGUCUAAUAAGUGCAGUAUUAUAUACAGUAUAUUUUAAUUACGCAAGAUAGGAAAAAAGCUGCAAAUUAUAAUAUGAUGGUUGUUUUUGUCAGUUAAGGACAUGUACAUACUUUGCCACCUUAUUUAAAAACUAUAUUAUCCCAUCUGUGAUAUUUAUUUUAUGGGUAAACUGAAUCAUGACUUGAACAAUAGAGAGUUUGCAUAGUCAGAAGGAUUCUUGCAAGUAGUUAUAUAGUUUUCGUUAAAUAUAUUCGUAUUUGUGUGUGUGUGUGUGUGUAUUUUCUGUUUAUUGAACAUUUGUCAGUGGCUUUGGAUUAUUUUUUUGAGCUCAUAAAAGUGAAGUAAUUUAUGCAGUAGGAAUAUGUUUUGUAUAUUCCUUUCCAGAGUAUAUAACAUUGAUAUCUUUGUCUCUCUAGUUUGAAAUAAGGUUUGUGAUAUUUAGAAUAGAUGUCCUAAUGUGCAGAAUAUAGGAUGAAUUUUACCAUGAAUCCCAGUCUUCAGUGUGCUCCUUUUUAAGUUAAGUCUUCCGUUUCUCCUUUAAUUGAUAUGAAUACAUAAUUUAAAGCAAAAAAAAAUCUCUUUUAGUUAAUUUUCAAAAUUUUGGGAAAUAAAUGUGGCCUUACUCUCUUAUAAAAUAUUUUGUAUGUAGUAUGGGUGUUUUGAAAUGAGUACUUCUUAUACUAUUGUGUUAUUUAAUAGGAAACCAUAUAAAUCUAUUUUGAGAAUCACUUUAUAUAUGUAAUUCUGAUAUCAAUUUAUUCAUACAAAGUACAUAACUUUCUUGAGCUUCUAAGACCUACUACUAUUACUACUACUACUAAUAAUAAUAAUAAAAAUUAAAUGCAAACUGUCGGAUUGAGUAUGUGACAUAGGUAAUUACCAAAAUAAAAAAAAUGUCAUCUGCAUCUUGUAUUUCAUAUUUUCAUAGAUUCUUCCUGGACACUUUUUGUUGUUUAGAACUAAAUGCAGUAAAAAUUCAAAAUUCAAAUUAAAUGGGAGUAUGACAAAUUUAGGUGAUUGGAUAAAGCUCAGAAAUUAAGUUAAAAAGUGGCAGCCAUUCAUGUAACUCAACUUUAGUGCAUUAAUGUUAAUAAACAUAAGAUAAAAGAAAAAAAUAAAGUAAAAACUUUAGGUGGGAUUUACAUUAAAAAGAAACCCCAACUUAAGAGUGAAUUUUCAUUGGAUGUACUAUAUUUCUGAAUUACUAUUACUUAUGAAUAGUAAAGUGUGUGUGUUUGUACUGUGAUUUGACAAUUUGUCUUUAGUUUCCUCUCUCCCAAAAUCAGUUUGGAUAAUUUUAGAUUUUUGUAACAAAUCUUUGGAUAGUUGGAAUUUUAAUGCAUAUUAAUUAUUGCAAAUCUGUUUAAAUGAAAUACCAAUGAUUUACCCGAAUAUACAUUGGCCUUGAAUAUAUGACACCCUCCCUAAUUUUCAAGAGGCCUCCUGAGAAUUUUAAAAUUUUUUAACUAAUUCUCACUAUUUAGUCAAACUAAAAUUACAAAAUGUCUCAUUGACUAGAAAAUUGCCAUGUUCAUGAGAAUGUUAAGUGUUAUUGCUGAACUAUUAUUUUCUUGUUCCUUAAUAUCAUAAUCAUGGUUUUUGUCAUUACCCUCAUCAUCUUCACAUUUAUCAAUGUUUGUUUCUUUUUGUCUUCCUACCAUGCUGUGAUAUUUUCUGACGUUUUAGGCCCUCUUGAAAGUUAUGCGGACGAAAUUUUGUGUUGUUCAGAGUUUUUCAUCAGAUGCCAUUUAUGAACAUUCCCUUCUGUCGCCAGAUUUUUCUAUCCGCCUCGGACUUAUUGAUGGCCUGUUCAAAACUCGUAUUCGUAUUCGCCGGGCGUCGAACCGAGAUUCCGCAUGGCCUCGUCGAACGCGCAUCGUAUAACAAUCUCUCGGCAUUCCUUUUCACGUUACGUUUCAUUUGCCAUUCGGUUAGACAUUUUCUUUACCGGUUCAUUCAAAAAUAUCAGUCUGAAUUGCCCGACAAAUUAGCGGUGUAUGCCGAGAAUACGAACGCGAAUAUAAUUAUGUUGUUACGCGCGAUAUUUUUACAGUCUUAGGGGUUUAUUGUUACGUCAACAUUUAAGAGUGUCGUAACAUGGAAUGACAAUGUAAAAACGUAAAUCCUAAACGACUAAGCUUAAUCUGCGUAUAUAAGACGAUCCCGCAAUUAUCGACUGAGAUAUUUCGGAAAAACACUCGUCUUAUAUUCGGGUAAAUACACUAAGUCAGGAUUAAAAAUUCUAGUGAUUCAUUGUAAUAUGAUAGUCAAGAGCCUUUUUUAAACAAAUAAUUAGUUGAAAUGUUUGAAUUGUAAUUAUUCUUUCUUUUAUUAUUAUAAUACCCUUUAUUGAAUGUCAAUUAUUUUACACUGUGUAUUGUGAAAUGAUAAAUUCUUGCCAUUAUUUUUGUGUACAAUGUUUGCUGAGGUUUUAAAUAUUACUUGCUCACAAUCAUGUGUCUAUGAAAUCAUAUAUACAAUUUAUUUAGCUUGUCAGCAUCAUCUUUAACAAUGCAGGCUGUUCUUUUGAGGAUGCAUCUAUUUACAAGAGUGUAGAUGUUAGGAUAUUUUCUCUCUCCAAUGAAGCUGAAUGCUCAAAGCAGACUUAAGAAACUUGUCUUUGUCACACUAGAUUAAAAUAAAUUAUAUAUAAUUGUAUUUCCUUGUUUAUUUUUUUACACUUCUGAAAUAGUGCAUUCAGACAAUAGGUGGAAAAAAGUAGUACAAAAAGCUGGUGUGUGCCAAACAAAAUUAUUCUGUGCCGUUAUCAAACUGGAACUUUCUAAAAAAAUUUUGCUUUUAGUUCCAUAUUUGUGUUUGAAUCUUAGCACUUUCCAUAAAAGAUAAUUUAUGUACGUAGUGUCUAAUACAUUACCUAGUUAAUAAAUAUAUCAUUGAGGAAAUUCAAUGAAGAUCAGGAACCAUUGUAUCUACAAAGUAAUAAGCAAAAAAUAAUUGAAAUAUGGAUUGAUUAAUUUUUACUUUCAGGAAGAAUUUAUGAUCUUUUACCAUCUGAAAUAGUAUUUAAAAGGCUCAAGGAGGGACGUAGUGUAAUAAGAUAUAUCUUCUCAGCAUGAUUGACUUUUAAUUGUAUCUAAUGUACAAAAUGUAAUUAAAACUUUACUUCUAUUCUCUGCUGGUCAGAAUAGUUAAGUAAAUAUAAUUGUUCAACUUUGUAAUUUGACAAACACAGCAAAUUGGAUUGCAACAUAUCCUUUUGUUGACAAUAUUAUAUUGUUUCAUAAGCAAUCUUUCAAAUUCUGUUAUUGUUUUAUAUAUGAAAUGAAAAUGUUUAAAUAGUUUCAUGUGAUAUUUUGAGAAGCUCAAUCUGGCACAUGUGAAGUGUUCAUUCAAUGUUUUUACUCCUCUCUUUUUACCUAAUUUGUUAAAAAUCUUCCAACAUGUAGUGAUCUCUUUGUUAUUUGCACAAUUGUGAUAUUUUUGUGAUGUUUUUGAUGUAUGUUUUAUGUAUUCCAAGGUAGUAAACAUUUCUGUUUUUGCAUGUUGAAAUGAAUUUUGCCUUUGGACUCUGGAAUUUUAGAUUCGAACCUUAUGUGUCUUAACUUACACUAGAGUGUAGUUUGAUGGUAAGUGAGUGAGCUCAUACCUAACUGCAAAAUGUGAAUUCAUAUUUAAAUUUUUUUAAAUUAGUAAUGUUCAGUGUAAGGACUUGUCUUUUAAUGACUGUCCAUUCACCAAGGAGGAAGUAAUAUAAUUUUGAAUAUUGUGAAUUGUGAAAGUCACACCUCAUAGAUGGUACGUGUUCUCUUUAAAAUUUGAUAAACACAAAUAUUUUAGUAAUAGAAAUUCAGUGGUGUGACAUUUAUCUUUUGGUAGUUAAUUAAGCAAGAAUUGAUUUCAACUUGUAAUAUUGUUGAAUGAAUAAAGAGAGUUUUUUAGAACAUA